AUGAAUGCUCUUCCGAAGGUUUUCCUGUCCCGUUGGCCGAGCUAUACAGUGAGAUCAUCUCCGAUGUGCGCGGUCCGUUGCUACAGCACUGCCGGUAAUGAAACUAAAUUUCCCAAGAAUGUUAUAGAGCAUCUCAACACAGCACAGGAACAGCAAACCAAUGGGGUUGUAUACGACAAAAAACCAUUCCGAAUGGAGCUGGAAGAAGGCAAGCGUUAUUCCUGGUGUCUUUGCGGACGCUCCAAAGGUCAACCACUAUGCGAUGGAACACAUAAGCUAGUGCAGUACAAAAUCACCCAACGACCCAUUCGGUUUCAAGUGGAAAAAUCUGGCACAUAUUGGCUGUGCAACUGCAAACAGACAAAACAUCGACCCUUUUGCGAUGGAACGCACAAAUGCGAAGAAGUGCAGAAAACCGCUGGCAAGUAG